GCCGGCCCCGCCCGUUCCGGUGGCGGCAGCGGCACCAUGGGGGUCACCUGCGUGUCGCAGGUGCCGGUGGCCGAGGGCAAGAGCGUGCAGCAGACGGUGGAGCUGCUGGCGCGGCGGCUGGAGGCGCUGGGCGCGGACAAGCAGGGCACGUUCGGCGUGGACUGCGAGACCUAUCACACCGCGGCCACCCUCGGCACACAGGGGCAGACAGGGAAGCUGAUGUACGUCAUGCACAACUCCGAGUACCCCCUGAGCUGCUUCGCCCUCUUCGAGAACGGGCCCUGCCUGGUGGCUGAUGCCAACUUUGACACCCUCAUGGUGAAGCUCAAGGGCUUCUUCCAGAACGCCAAGGCCAACAAGAUCGAGAGCCGCGGCACGCGCUACCAGUACUGCGACUUCCUGGUGAAGCUGGGCACGGUCACCAUGGGCCCCAGCGCCAGGGGCAUCUCCGUGGAGGUGGAAUACUGCCCCUGUGUGAUCGCCAACGACUGCUGGAACCUGCUGAUGGAGUUCAUGCAGAGCUUCAUGGGCAGCCACACGCCCGGCAUCCCGUCGGUGUUCGGCUCCAAGCACGACAGCACCUACAGCCCCGGGGACACCAUGGUGCAGUACAUGGAGCUCUUCAACAAGAUCCGCAAGCAGCAGCAGGUGCCCGUGGCUGGCAUCAGGUGAGGAGGAGCCCCUGCAGCUCCUCACUGCAUCCUCAUCCUGCCUGCACCAGGAGUUCCUCCAAAAUCUGCCACAGGAGCUUUUCCUUCCGGAGAUUUCCCCGCUUCAGAGCUGUGCCGGGCGUAAUUCUGGGUGUCCUCCACGGUUUGGGAUUAUUGGAUCCAUUGGUUCUGUGGUUUUUUUGGACAGUGAAAGGAAAGAUUCCAGAAAAAUACAGACAUCUCUUAAAUUUCUAUUUUUUUUUUAAUAUCCACAUCAGUGUUUUGUUGUAUUUCAUCCCAAUAAAAGGAUGGAUUUUGGGAACAGU